AUGUACAUGCUAAGGUACUACUUGGACGCCAAUGGGAAGAGGGUAUACACGGUGAAGCCCAUGGUCGAUGGGAAGGUGACCUUCUCGGCCCACCCCUGCCGAUUCUCGCCGGAUGACAAGUUCUCCUCCCAGCGGGUAGCCCUCAAGAAGAGACUCAACCUGUUGUGA